GUUCAGUGUCAGAACGGAUGGGUGUAUGACAACAGCACAUUUAAAUCUACUUUGGCAACAGAAUGGGAUCUCGUGUGCAGCAGAAAAGGGAUGAACAAGGCAACAGUCACCAUUUUCUUCAUUGGUGUUAUGUGCGGAGCCCCGUUAUUUGGGUAUCUCAGCGAUAGGUUUGGCCGACGGCCGCUGCUAUUGGCGUCUUAUUUGUCGUCCUUGACAUUUGCAGUCCUGAGUGCAUUCUCCCCAUCGUAUGUGACGUUUGUCAUCAUGAGGUUUUUUACAGGAAUGUCACUCGCAGGAAUAAGUAUCAUCUCUAUUACUCUAAAUGUUGAAUGGUUUGGCAUUGCACACAGAACCUUUUCUGGUAUAAUCAUAAGCCUGGAUUGGACACUUGGAACCAUGCUUCUGGUUGGAAUUGCAUACUAUGUAAAUCAUUGGAGGAUGCUCAUUGUGGCAGUGACCUCCCCCUUAAUACUGUCCAUCCUUACUUGGAGGUGGAUUCCAGAGUCAGCGAGGUGGCUCCUGGCAAACGGGAAGACAGACGCUGCCCAUCAUUACUUAAUGCAAUGUGCCAAGAUGAACAACAGAAUUAAGUAUAUGACCACCAUCACACAAAUGGAAUUACUGGAAUCUGCACAAGGUGACACCUUAGAUAAGAAGUACACCAUUGUGGAUCUUUUCAAGACCCCAAAUAUUAGGAAACUUUCUAUAUGCUCAGGAAUAGUAUGGUUUGGCAUUGCAUUAACAUAUUAUGGGAUAAGUCUGAAUAUCAUCGGGUUUGGACUAGACCCAUACCUCACACAAAUUAUAUUUGCAUUCAUCGAAAUGCCAAUGAAGAUCGUUUUGUAUUUCUACCUGGAGAAAGCUGGUAGAAGGUCUGGUGAGAUGGGAACUCUGCUGUUAACUGGCCUCUCUCUCUUCAUCAACAUUUUUGUUGCAAAAGAUAAGUGGGCCAUUCGUACUGUUGUGGCAGUCCUUGGAAAAGCCAUGUCAGAAGCCUCAUUCACGAUCAUCUUCCUCUACACAACUGAACUCUUUCCUACAGUCAUACGACAGAAUGGUUUAGGCUACACUUCUUUUCUGGCGCGGCUGGGCGUGUCCAUCUCUCCACUCAUCAUGCUAUUGGAGGACGUAUGGCAUCUCCUCCCUGCAAUCAUUUAUUGUACAGUGGCAGUCGGAUCCGGUUUAGUGUCUUGGCUCCUGCCUGAAACAUUAAACGCCCGACUGCCAGAGAGCAUCGAGGAUAUUGAGAAACCAAGGGGACAAUCCAUGAGGAACAAGGAGAUUCAAUGA